AUGACGGAAUAUUUAAGUAUAAGUCCUCGUACUGUCAGUGUAUCUCCCAAUUCAUUAGAGUUUGGAUUGGAUCCAGAGAUUUGUGAAGAAGAGGCAGUUACAUGGAUUUAUAACUUUUCUAAUAGAUAUGCUCAAUUAAGGAGAACAAUAGAGAAUAUGAAUUUAGUACUGGAAGAUCAUGAAGUUAGGGAAUCAUUUAAUGAGGUCAUGAUGAGGAAAGAUUUGGACAAAUUGGCUGAAAAAUUGGAAAUUUUGAAAGAACGGAGCAGGGAAUUACUCAUCAAUCAAAAGAGAAAAACAAACAAAGAGAGAGUUAUUUGGAAUGAAGUAAGAAGUCUUUGCAUAAAGUUGGAGGAGAUAGAAAAAAAUAUUGUCUAUUUAAGCCUGCAACUAUUUGGCAAAAAUUCUUGUAUCAAUGAGAAAAGAAAAGGGUUCAAAAUUAAUCAAUCUGUUAGAUUCAGGAAUAUGUUGCAGGAGCCAGGUACAAGUUCGGAGGUAUGUAUGGAAUAUAGCAUGUCAAGAAGGGUUUGUGAUAAACAAAAGUCAUUGAUGGAAGACUAUGAACGGAAGAUAAAUGAGUUAAAGGAGAACUAUAGAAAAUGGGAAAAACAAAAAAAGGCUCAAAAUUUUGAGGAUGAAAAUGACCAAUUUCAAGAAUCUAAUAAUACAAAUUAUAAAAUGGAGGAAAGCUGCCAGGAAGAUGUCGUAAAAUUCCUAUCAAUGAAUAAGGAAGGCUUUUUAGGUAAAAGUGAAAACUCGAUUAAAUUUUUAAAAAUGGAAAGUGAUUUCCAAAAGGACAUUAUUACCAAUAUUUCCACAAUUAUUGGAAUUACUUUUUAA